AUGAAUAUUACAUGCCUUAAAACCCUCGCAUUAAAUAUUCUUAAAAAUGGCUCUUCCGAAACUAUUGCAAGCGGUGUUGAAGUUCCUGAACUAGAUCCGUGUUCUAUAUGCAAUGAAGAAAUUUUUUUGCACAUACUUAAAAAGUCAUUCACUGUAUUAACAUGUGGUCAUAUUGUGCACCGUCUUUGUCUUGAGAACCUUAGAGAAACUAUGUUUACAUGUCCUAUCAAUAAUUGUAGUGCGGAAAUCGAAAUCAUUGAAAAGUCACCACUAAUGCGGGCUCCAUCACAAAGAAGUAUGAGCAUAGAUGAAGGAUCACAAGACCUAGUAAUAUUUAGUAAAAAUUCUUUAACAAAUCUAGAUAGAAUCGUAGAAGAGAACUCCGAAUCUGGCAUACCUGACUCUACUACAAGUAAUUUACCAUCUAAGCGUGUUGGUGAACCAACAGAUAAAAUAUCAAGUAAGAAACAAAAGCAGACUAAGAAAGAAUCGCAUAUAUUAAAAGAUCUUAUAAAAGAAUUAUCUUCUAAGGAUCCAGUAAAAACUAUUGCUCAAACAGAAUCAGCCUCCGAAUUAAACACAAGCCCGAUCAUUUUUCUUGACUUGUAUAUUAAAAUUGUUAACGCCGAAGAUCAAAAUAAAAAAACGAAUCAAGAGAUUAUUAGGUGUUAUUAUGAUUUUGGAAAAGCACUCAAAGAUCGUUUAAAUUAUUAUAAAACUCUUCAUCCGAAACAAACUGCCAAGAUGCUUGUUAAUGACGAAGUUAGGAAUCAACUUUCUCAAAAGGUUACUGAGACAACACUUCGAAAAAAUACAGAAAAAGCUCGAAAAAUUUAUAAACUUUUUAAUAGUAUUGGUGGGAAUGAUAACAUGAUUGAGCAAUUGAUACAACGAGUAAGUAUUUCUGCUUCAACAAUUUCGAAACUAAGCAAAGAUAACAUUGAACAUAUAGUAGUUGCGGUUAUAAAAAAUAAGCAGUAA